ACUCUGCACCUCCUUCAGUGAGGACUCACCUUUCACCAGUUCAAGGGGAGUUUUGAAUUGUAUCUCAUGGAGGUUAGGAUCACUUGUGGACUGUGGUUGUUCGUCUUUGUUUUGGGAUGUGGGCGAUUAUCGGCGUUCAACCUGGACACCAAGAAUGUCAUGCAGAAGAACGGGGACCCGGGCAGCUACUUCGGCUUCUCUCUCGCCAUGCACUGGCAGCUUGCUCCGCAGGAUAAGAAAAUGCUGCUUGUUGGUGCCCCGAGAGCAAAAGCCCUGAGGGGUCAAACAUCGAAAGUGACAGGAGGAUUGUACAACUGUGACAUGACCUCCACUUCAACGUCUUGCUCCAGAGUUCAAUUUGAUACCAAAGAGGAUACAGAAUCAGAGAGCAAAGAGAACCAGUGGAUGGGAGUGACAGUCAGCAGUCAGGGGCCAGGUGGCAAAGUUCUGACCUGUGCCCAUCGCUACCAGCAGCGGUCCCAUGUAGGUAAACCAUUGGAGUCUCGUGACAUAAUUGGUCGCUGCUACGUGCUGAGUCAGUCCUUGACUAUCAAUCCCAGCACGGAAGAAGAGGGAGAAAGAUGGCAUUUCUGUGGAGGCCGAUCCAAAGGCCACGAGAUGUUCGGCUCCUGUCAGCAGGGCCUCUCUGCCACAUUCGACAAGGACUACCAUUACCUCAUCUUUGGGGCUCCUGGAGCAUACAACUGGAAAGGUGUGGUACGCUUGGAACAAAAGAAUGAAACACUUGUGCUCCAGGGAAUCUAUAGUGAUGGUCCUUUUGAAACGGGAGGCGAGUCCAAAAGGAACCCUGAAUUGAUCCCCGCUCCUCCCAACAGCUACUUGGGCUUCUCUCUGGACUCAGGGCAGAGUCUGAUUAAGAAGGGUACUUUGACGGUGGUGGCGGGAGCUCCAAGAGCGUACCACAGUGGAGCGGUGGUGCUGCUGAAGAAAGAAGGGCAAAACAGCAUGUCAGGAGAGCACACCCUGGAAGGGGAAGGGCUGGCCUCGUCUUUCGGCUACGAUUUGACUGUGCUGGAUCUCAAUAACGAUGGUUGGCAGGACAUAGUGGUGGGAGCACCACAGUACUUUGAGAAAGACAGAGAAAUCGGAGGAGCCGUCUACGUCUACAUCAACAAAGGGGGAAAGUGGAACAAAGUCACGCCAACCAGAAUAGACGGACCAAAGGACUCCAUGUUCGGCUUGGCUGUGGAAAACCUGGGAGACAUCAAUCAAGAUGGUUACCAUGAUUUUGCAGUGGGAGCUCCUAAUCAGGGUGCAGGACAUGUCUACAUCUUCAACGGAGGACCCUCAGGUCUCCACUCCAAAGAAGCUUCACAGAAUCUGUUUCCCUCGUCUCCAGAUGUGAAGAUGUUCGGCUACUCUUUGGCAGGCAACAUGGACCUGGAUAGGAAUGCCUACCCUGACCUGGCCGUCGGGUCCCUCUCUGACUCAGUCUUUGUCUACAGAGCCCGUCCUGUUAUAAUCAUCAAAAAGGAAGUUAAGUUCACACCAGAAAAAAUCGACCUCAACAACAAGAACUGUGCCCCCAACGUCUGCAUUGAGGUUGAGGCAUGCUUCACCUACAAUGCCCAGCCCAAGAGCUACUCUCCCAGACUGACGGUGGCAUACUCCCUCGAGGCAGACAUUGACCACAGGAAGAAACGUUUGAACGCCAGGGCGAUCUUCCCAGAUUCCCCUGAUAAUAAAUACGAGUCAAAAGGGAUGAUCACCUUUGACACCAAAGACAAGAAACAUUGCAUCAUGCGCAAGCUUAUGAUUGAGGACAAUAUUAAAGACAAGCUGCACGGAAUCCCCAUCAUUGUGUCCGUGGACAUCCAGGAUGAAAACCGUAAACGCAGACAGAGCUCCGCGGCUCAACCGGCACCUGUCCUGGACACCAAAGAGCCAUCGUUCAUUCGAUCUGAGCUGCAUUUCGUGAAGGAAGGAUGUGGCACUGACAAUAUCUGCCAGAGCAAGCUGCAGUUGAAAUAUCGCUACGGCUACGGGGUCACCGACAACGAAAAGUUCACUCCGUUAGAGCUGGAGGGCGGCGUGCCGGUGAUCUUGCUCAGCGACCAGAAGAACAUCGCCUUGGAGGUUACAGUCAGCAAUCACAAUGGAGACGAUGCACAUGAAGCCUCUGUGCUCGCCAAGAUCCCACACUCCCUUACCUACUCUACUUACCGCCCAUCUGAAAAUGGGCUGCAGGUAAGCUGUAUAACCAGUGAUGACGGUUCUAAGGCUGACUGUAACAUUGGAAACCCCUUCAAAAGAGACUCAGAGGUGAUCUUCUACAUUAUCCUGGGGACAUCGACCAUUUCUUCGAACACUACCGAGCUUGAGAUUGAUCUUCAGCUAAACACGACAAGCAACCAGGAUAAAUUUGUCACUGUCAAAGCAAAGGCAAAGGUGACUAUCAUGUUGCAGCUGUCUAUAUCAGGACAAGCCCAGCCUUCUCAGGUGUACUUCUCAGGAAAGCCCAAGAGGGUUACGGACAUUAAGACUGAAAGCGAAAUGGGCAGUGCCAUCACACAUCGGUUCAGCAUAAUCAAUCUGGGGAAGCGCUUGACAGACUUUAGCACCGCCACCCUUGACAUAGACUGGCCGAAAGAGACAACGGAUGGGAGGUUGCUGCUGUACCUGAUGAAGAUCAGUGCUACCGGAGUGGAACAGAUGGACUGCACUCCUAAAGGGGCGAUCAACCAUCUUGGCAUGGAGCCAAGUAAAACCAGGAAGAGAAGAGAAGCAGAAAACACUGGUAACGAGGGCGUUAUCUCACGUUUACUUGACAAGAAGAAUUCUGAUACUCUGUCCUGUGGUAGCGGGGCAAAUUGUGUAAGGAUAUCGUGCCCCCUGCGAGGCAUGGACAGCACUGCAGUCAUCACUCUCAACUCUCGCCUCUACAACAGCACCUUCAUCGAAACAUUUUCCAAACUCCAUCAUGUGGAAGUGAUCGUUAAGGCCUCACUGAAUGUCGAUAGCAGCGCAAAGAACAUAGUGCUGAAAGAUGCUUUGUUUCAGCUGAGACUGACGGUGUUCCCAGAGAGGCGGGAAGCUCAGUACGGAGGCGUGCCGUGGUGGAUCAUCGUGCUGUCCAUCCUGUUCGGGCUGCUGUUGUUGGCCCUGUUGGCUUUCCUUCUGUGGAAGUGUGGAGUGUUUGAUAAAAAGAAUAAAGAGGACCCAGGCGAGAAAGAAAAACUGACAUCACAUGCAUAAAAAAAGAGAAGAGGUGUGGAUUUUUUAAGCGUGCCAAAUAUGAAGACAAGGUUCCAAGUUACAAUGCAGUGCGGAUUAGAUGGGAUGAGAGAAUGCCAAACCCUGUGAGUGAUAACUGGGAAAACGUGGAAAAGAAGCCCUGGAUGACAACCUGGCACGACAAAGAACAUUUUUCGUAACAGUGAGAUCUGAUUCCACACAGACUUCCUGUUUUUUUACUGAUGAACUCACAUUUUCACUAAUUUUUCUUGCCUUGUCUUCGCACAAAGUGGAUUGUAAAUAACAAAGUAAAUCAUUUGUUUAAAAAAGAAAGAAAAGAGAAAAAUAUUUGUAGGGCCAAAUUCUUGAUCAAACUUCUGCUUCAGUGAUCGAAUUGAUCUCAGACAAAGUCUGUAUGAAUCACUGGAAGGAGAGUUGCAGUGUGGGAGAUCUUCCUGCACAGCUGCUGUCUGUGAGUUUGGGGGGGGGGGGACAGUGGGAGCCUUUUUUAGAGAUCUUUGUACAUGUUUUUAAAUGUUUUGCAGAAUUGUUUUCUAUUUAUUCUUGGUGACGAGUACUUAAUGUUACGUGCCUUACAGGCCAAAGAGUCCUUUGAACAUACACAUUCAAUCUGUGUUUUUCACCAUUUAAAAAUAGCAUCUUCCUAAAUGUCCUGAUCAUUAGUGCCUUGGGUUGUACAUAAUAGAGAUUUCUACUACUACUCCUUCUGCAGAAUUGAUCUUUUAUUCACUGGCUGUAAAAUGGGAAGAGUGAAAGCGAACAAAGGAGUUUCUUGAAUAAAUAAUUGUUAUGUCAA